AUGGUGUUGGCAAAGCUCUCUAGCCAAGGUAAAGCUCCUGCGCCUCCAAAGGCGGCACCUGAGGAGGCCGAACCAGCAAAGGAGGCUCCGGCUGCGGAGGAGAAAUCGAUGAAGCCCCAAACGGUUCUCCAGCGAAGCAUUAUGGCUUACGGUAGCGUGCUUACUGCAGUGCUUGUCAUUGUGGUGUGCGUGAAAAGCGGCUUUCAGACUUUUUUAAUAUCGAGGCUCUCCGAAUCUCAAAUGUGCUCCCCAGUACGGUUGAAUGGUACGGAACACCUGGACCGAACUUGCCGGAUGAUGAUAAAGGAAUGGAACGGUGUUCUAUCUGCCGCAAGACCUGCUUUAGUUGCUACGUACUUGCUAGUCAUCACUUUUUUUAGCGGCGUGGUAUUUAAAGCCGCGGAGUUACUGUUAUGUUAG